ACUUGGAAGACUUUUUUCACUUCUCUCCCGGGCUAUGGCCUAUGGGUGCCCUCGCAUCGCGAGAGCCUCUCCUCUCUUCGCUGGCUGCUGUGAUUGUUGUUAUUAGCUGAUUUGCUUCCUGAAUUAGAUAGCCAAGAUAUCGAAUCAUUCUCUAAAACUUCUUCGCUUCGUACGGCCCCAGAGUGUUCAACCGAUCCUUCCGCUUCCUCCUCGUCUCGGCUUCCUUCGUUUCCUCUCUUGUUCUCCGUGGUGUGAGGUUUUCUUUCUCUCUCUCUCUCUGUCUCGCCGUAUAUCCGUCGCUGCCCGACCCCGAAGGAAUUAGUGAUUUGUGAUGGAGAUACGGAUCUUGGAAAUAAGAACAAGUCUCGGAAGGGUUUCUUUCACUGUUCCGGAGUGAGGAUUUGGGGGGUUCGAGUAUCGUGAUUUGGCACAGGAAGUGGAAAGGUGGAUUCUGCGAGGGAAUUCAACCGAUUGGUUUCUAUUUUUUUCUCGUUGACUUAUCAUUUUUGUAUGGGAUGAGGAAUUUGUGAAAUAAUAGGAGAAAAGAGAUUUUUUGGAGUUUGCUUCAAUUCGUUUGGGAGCAUCUCUUCCUUUGGUGGCGGGAUUGAUGGGGAAUAAGAUUGGGAAAAGGAGGCAAGUGGUGGAUGAGAAGUAUACAAGGCCACAGGGACUGUAUCAGCACAAAGAUAUCGAUCAUAAGAAGCUGAGGAAGCUCAUUCUUGAGUCCAAAUUGGCACCUUGCUACCCAGGUCUCGAUGACCACUCUUUCAAUCUGGAAGAGUGCCCCAUUUGCUUUCUGUAUUAUCCAAGCCUUAACCGAUCCAGAUGUUGCAUGAAAGGCAUAUGCACUGAGUGUUUCCUACAGAUGAAACCAUCACAUUCCGCUCGCCCAACACAAUGCCCCUUUUGUAAAACUUCCAACUAUGCUGUGGAAUAUCGUGGGGCGAAGACAAAAGAGGAGAAGGGCGUAGAACAAGUUGAAGAACAGAAGGUAAUAGAAGCCCAAAUAAGGAUUCGGCAGCAAGAGUUGCAAGAUGAAGCUGAAAAGAUAAAUAAGAGACCAGAUAUUAAUUCAUCUAAAAGGAUAAUGACUCCAACAGAUGCUGGAUACCAUGAUAUAAAUAAUACCUCUGCUUCUGUUCACCAUUCAAAUAUCACAAGGCAAAGUAAUUUUGGUUCAUCUCAAGCCUCGUGCUCUGCACUUGCAAGCAUGCAGUUUCCACACGCAAGGCAGAAUAGGGAUGACAACUUUGACCUGGAUCUUGAGGACAUAAUGAUCAUGGAAGCAAUCUGGCUUUCCGUUCAGGAGCAAUCAUCUAAAGGUAAUUCAGGUACUACAGACAGCUUCUUGCCUGGACCAUCAAUGUCAGUUGGGCCAUGCAAUGCCCAUGGAGCAAAUAUUGUGAAACCAUCUCCAUCGGGUGGGCUGGCUUGUGCAGCUGCAGCCUUAGCUGAGCAUCAACAUAUGAAUGAAGGUUCAUCUCUCUAUAUGAAUAUGGAUGUUAAAGAUGCUGCUGCAGUUUCUCUAGAGAAGAGGAGGGAAGAGGCAAUUGAGGAAUUUGGAGAGAGUUCGACUGAGCAUUGGUCACUGGUGGCGGAAGAAGGAACCAGCUAUGCUGGCUCUGAUGGCACGGUUGAAGCUGGGACUACAGCAGAAAGUUUGACUAUUGCUCCAGGACAUAUUAUCCCAGAAAGCUUCGAGGAGCAAGUGAUGAUGGCCAUGGCUAUUUCACUAGCUGAGGCUCAAGCGAGGAGUAAUCAUGGACUGGGCUUGCUAUAAUUGUUUGGUGAUUUCAUUGUACAUCUAACAAAUUGUAUCCUGCCACAUUUGUAUUUUAGGCCCCCUUUUAGUUUUCCUUUGUCGGUUGGUUA